GCCUCAGCAAAAAUCAUUCCGAUUCCAGAUUUCAUAGCGAGAAGUACUAUUGGUAGGAAUAAAAAUAAAAUAAAUUGGCGAAAGUAUUCUGAAAUAAAUUUGUAAAAAAAAUUUGUGGAAAAAAACUUGGCGAGAGAAAUUGGCUUUUUGUUGAAAAAAGUUGUCCAAAACUUCAGAUUUGAUUAGCGUUUCUUGAAAAAUAUUUGUUUCUAAUAGUAAGUGAAAGGGACUUUGGAAAAAUUCGAAUUUUUGCUUACACUAUGAUGUCCAACUCGCCAAAACGCUUUCGCAAGCGCCUGUUGUCUCCGGCCGAGGACUUGGAAGAUGGCGAAAUAGCAGAGGUAUUAGAAGCCGUGAAAAUUCCUGAGGUUGAGCCUUUUAAUGAUGGCUACGAUGAUCAGUUCAUGGGCGAUGCGGAGGACCGCGCACGUCUUCAGGGCAUGAACGAACUGGAGAGGGAGAAGGAACUCUACCAGAGGAGCCUGCGACGCGAAGACAUGCAGCGCAAGUGGGACAUACGCUGCCAACUAGCUAAGGAGCGAGAACUAGCCGUUGGUGUUGAGGAGGAUGCUGGUAUGAAGGAGCGCUCCCUCAUCCGUCGUCACAUACUAGAUACCCAGCGUGCUGGGAAUAAAAGAGCGAAUGCCUUUGAACGCUUGAUGGCAAUUAGAAACAAUAAGAUAACCAGGGAGAAGUGGGCCGAGCCUGUUGUCGAUCAGCCGGAACAGUCUGUGCCGCUAAAGAAGAUUUCCAAAGUGAAGCUAAAGGCCACUGAUAUCUAUUCGGACGACUCGUCUAGUAGUCUGAGUGAUGCCAGGUCCAGGACGAUUGAGCCGAGCCCUGUCCUUAGUGCUAACAGCAGUGACCAGUCCGUGGUCACCAUCCGGGAGCAACUGAGCCGGGCCAUCUUGACCCGCGUUCAGCUGGAAAGCCUUCUGGACAAGCCUGUCUUUGAGAAGACGGUUGUCGAUUGCUUUGUACGUGUCAACAUCGGUUCCGAGGGUUCAGCCAACGCCAGCCGCAUCUACCAGAUAGUCGGUCUGCAGCAGGACAACAAGGACUACCAGCUGGGUGGCAAACGCACCAAUAUCGUCCUCCGUUUGCGCUACGGCGUCCAGGAGCGCCUUUCGUUAAUGGAUGUGGUGUCCAAUCAGCCAGUUACCAAGUACGAGUUUUAUAUGUGGAGUGGAACCUGGCAACGCGAUCUGAAGGCCUUGCCCCUGCUCUCCCAGAUAGCCAAGAAGCAGGAGGACAUCGCCAAUGCCAUGGAGUACUCCUACACGGAGGGUGAUGUGGAGAAGAUCAUCCAGUCCAAGCGCCAAGCCGCCCCGAAGCGUGUUACUUCGGCCUAUAAGAAAGUGUGUCUGAUCAUGGAACGUGACCAGGCUGUGGGUCUAAACGACAUGGAAAAGGUGAAACGCCUCGAAAAACAGAUCCAAGAGCUCGACGGCCCGUCUGGUGGUCAGUUGGAUAGCGCCAAAGAGCCUUCUCAUUCGCAGUCGCAGCCGCAGCUAGCCAGGAUUAGCGCCCACGUACCUCCCAUUUACUCUGCUCCACCCGCCUCCAAGAGAUGCCACGCCGAGCGACCUCCCAAAGCUGACGACUUCCAAUUAGAGCAGUAUAUGCGUCGUAAGUACAAGAAAAGCUCCGUAGUGAGCAGGAGUCGUGUGGAGGUCGAGGCGGAGGACUGGGGCGGGGAGCAGGAGGAGGAGGACGAUGAGGAGCCAAUGGUGCCCGAUCAUCAGCUAGCUGCGGCUGUGACUGCGAAACCAGAAGAGCUCAAGGACGUCCAGGAGGUGAUGCCAAAGGUGGAUCUGCACGUCUUGCACAAUUUCAAGGUGAACCUUAACACGUCAUCCUUAAUCCCCUUUAGUGCGAUCUUUAAAGAUCCCAAGUUUGGCAGUAAAUAACUAAAACGAAGUCUACAGUUCAUAUUUUUCCUCCCAGGCGAGGUCUUUUUUAUUGUUCUUGAUUUGGAUGUUGAAUUUCAUGCUUAGAAAAUACUAAGACCAAGCCACCUUAUGCACUCUACCCGGCACAAUUUCUUACUUUUCGUGUCAUUCAUACACUUCGUAAUAGCACCAGCUUAAGAAUGUCCUUAUAGGACACCCUUCUCCAUAAUUUCUUGUUUUUCACAUCACCCAACACUUCAAAAUGAAAGGACUUUGAGUUCAUUGAAACACUUGCUUUACAUAUUUGGAUUUUAAGCAUUCAUUUUUUAAGUUGGCUUGCAUUACUGUGAGCUCAGUCAAUUUGAUGUUUUUCAAUAAAAUAAGAUGGAUUUCUAUAACUUUCUUAGAAACCUCAAGGACUACAAUCUCGAA